AUGUCCCACACGACCGUAAUAUUCGGCUCCGGUCCCGGAAUCGGCAACCACAUCACCGCCGAAUUCGCCUCCCAUGGCCUCAACCACGUAAUCCUGCUCUCUCGCAACAUGGAUUGUCUUGCCUCCGACAAGCAAUUCAUCUCCUCCCAAGUCCCCAACACGAAAGUCUCCACCCUCCGCCUAGACCUCUCCAACCUGGCCUCCAUCCUUGAAGUUUUGACAACGCCAGUUGAGGAGAUUGAGGAGAGUUUUAAAUCUCGCAAAGUCAUAACCCUCAAGAAAGCGUUCGCGGAUUCCGGCGUUUUUAUUGGUUUGGUUAUCGUUGAAGGGAUUGUUGCGCUGGAAAAGGAAUUCUUGAACCCGAAGAAUAUUGCUGAGAAAACGUGGGGGUUUUAUGAGCAGGGAGAGGGGGUUGAUGUGAAGAUUGCGGGGGAUUGA